AUGAACGGUCUUCCUGGAGCCGGAACCGGCGCUGCCGGAGGCGUCGAUCCUAAUGAUCCUAAUAUUAAGAGGUUAAACGCCAUGAUGGAGUCGUGCUUUGGCAAGGCUGCCGUUUCUGGUGUUAUGGGUUUCGGUAUGGGUGGUCUGUUUGGAAUGUUUAUGGCUUCUAUGGCCUACGACACGCCCUUCCACUCCCCCGGCGCCGCGGGCGCCGCGCCGAUCCCCAUUGCCAACCUACCCUGGCGACAGCAGCUCAAAGUCGGGUUCAAAGACAUGGGAUCGCGAUCCUACAGCACGGCGAAGAACUUCGGGCUGGUGGGCCUGAUGUUCGCCGGCAUCGAGUGCGGCAUCGAGGGGUACCGCGCCAAGAACGACAUGUACAACGGCACCGCGGCCGGGUGUCUGACGGGCGGCAUCCUGGCGGGGGGGGGGCCCAACGGCUGUGGCCGGCGGGUGCGCUGCGUUCGCGGCGUUUAG